AUAAGUAUGAAAGCACCCUCAAAUAAAAGGUGACAUACUGUAUGGUCGCCUCAUAUAAAACAUUGUUCUCAAAUUCAAAAUGCUGAAGUAUAGAGGCAAAUAAAACAUUUUAGCUUCACUGUCCAAAUAAAUACAUAGGGGAGUGUAUGUUGCGGAGUGUAUGCAGGUGUGUUUCAAAAAAUAUUGUGGCCAAUGUAUGCUUGUAUGGUUAGGGAUAAGGCAGAGUAAUGGGGAGGGGGAAGUGAUUAGGGUGGUAAGCAUGGGGAGGGCAGUGCAGAUAGGGGUUGUGUGCAUAUGGGAGGGCAGUGCAGAUAGGGUUUGAGGGGUAAGGGAGGGAAGGUAGGGUUUGAGGGGUAGGGGAGGGAGGGUUUGAGGGGUAGGGGAGGGCAGAUAGGGUGUGUAUAAAUAAAGUCCAUGUGCGUGUCCAGGUGUCUUUGAUCAGCCAGCGUUCACCGGACAGACAGACACCAUGAGACUACUCGCUCUGAUACUGCUGGUUGGAUCUGCUGGUAAUUAAAUACACACACACCCACACACACACACAAACAUACAGUACUUUAAUAUACUCUACCAAUUAUAUAUCAUAAACUAUGCGUAGGGAAUAGUCAUCUUACAUGUAGCUUAUAACAGCUUUCAACUUUGUUACCCAACAGGUUUCUUUGGGAUGUAGAACAAUUCUGAUGAAUGCUAUUCAGAGAGCAACAAUGUCCUCAUCUCUCCCCUCUUGUGACCACUCUCUCUAUAUGGUGUCUCUCUCUGUGUGUGUGUGUGUUUCAGCGGCAGUGCCCCGUGAGGAUGGUAAGAUCAUCGGGGGCCAGGAGUGUGAACCUCACUCCCGACCCUGGAUGGCCUCCCUCAACUACGGGUACCACUUCUGCGGAGCCGUGCUCAUCAACGAGCAGUGGGUGCUCUCUGUCGCUCACUGCUGGUACAACCCCUACGCUAUGCAGAUCAUGCUUGGAGACCACAACCUGCGUGUGUUUGAGGGAACUGAGCAGCUCAUGAAGACUCAAAACAUAAUCUGGCAUCCCAGCUAUGACUACCAGACGCUGGACUAUGACAUGAUGCUGAUCAAGCUGUUCCACCCUGUGGAGAUCACUGAUUACGUGAAGCCCAUCCCGCUGCCCACCGGCUGCCCAAACGCAGGCCUCCCAUGCUCCGUCUCCGGCUGGGGCAACACCGCCACCGGAGAGGAGGUAAACAUGCCCGCCCGUCUGCAGUGUCUGGACGUGCCCAUACUGGAGGAUGAGAAGUGUGAGAAGGCCUACCCUGGCAUGCUCACCCGCAGGAUGGUGUGUGCCGGAUACAUGGACGGAGGCAGAGACGCAUGCAACGGGGACUCUGGCAGUGGUCUGGUGUGUUUGGGUGAGGUCCAUGGCCUGGUGUCCUGGGGUCAGGGCUGUGCCGUGCCCGGAUACCCCGGAGUCUACGUCAAAGUCUGUGAGUUCCUCCCCUGGAUCGAUGAGACCAUGAAGGCCAACAUGUAACACCGCUAGCUGCUUUCCUCCCUGUCUCUCAGACCUCCACUCCUCUCCCUCCAAACUCUUCCUCUCUCUCUCGUUCUCCUCCUAGUUCAAUACUAAAGUGGAAUCAGCACAGAGUGUAAGCAUGUCAAACACAAUAAAGCCUGAAGUUACACGA